AUGAUCACGACCCCGACGACGAUGAUCAGUCUGGCGCCGUCUCUUCUCUCUCGACCUUCAGCGCACUCUUCAGCAUUCACCGAUACAAAGACGAAGACGACGCCUACGCCUCUGGACGACGACAUGAACCCUGUAGCCGGCGCCCCCAAGCUUAGCACGGUCGAAUAUGCGUGCAAGAACCCGCCUAGCGAGCAGCAGGGUUUGCGCAACCUCGUCUAUGGGCGAGAUGUCACCCUGGUACCCAGAGCCGUUUCCGCUCAAGUAUAG